AAGAGUUUAAGACCAUUCUUUGCAGAAACUGUAUAUUUAACAAACGUUAUUGAGAAACCCACAUAUCUAUAUGCAGAAGAAUGUAGUUGAACCCUUACCUAGAACCAGAUACAAAAAUUAGCUGGAAAUUAAUCAAACACUUAAAUGUAAAGAUGAAAAUUACAAAACUCUUAGAAGCAAACACAGAGAAACAUCUUUUUUUUUUUUUUUUUAAGAGUUACACAGAAAGAGAAGGAGAGGCAGAGAGAGAGAGGUGUCUUCCAUCUGCUGGUUCACUCUCCAGAUGGCCGCAACGGCUGAAGCUGUACCAAUCCAAAGCCAGGAACUUCCUCCGGGUCUCCCACAUGGGUGCAGGGGCCACAGGACUUGGGCCAUCUUUUACUGCUUUCCCAGGCCAUAGCAGAGAGCUGGAUCAGAAGAGGAGCAGCCAGGACUAGAACCAGUGCCCAUAUGGGAUGCACGUGCUUCAGGCCAGGGCUUUAACCUGCUGUGCCACAGCGCCGGCCCCGGGAAACAUCUUUACAACAUAACUUGAUGAUACUUUCUUGAAAUGACACCAAAGCACAGGAAACAAUAACAGCAGAAUAGAGAAAUUGGAUUUCAUCAAAAUGUAUAACUUUUAUUUAUCAAAGGCAGAAAAUAUAGUUGGAAAUGUAUAUCUGCUAAGGAAUUAACAUCCAGAAUAUAUACAGAACAUCUACAAUUGAAUAACAGGGGAAAAAAAAGUUAAAAACUGAAGAAACAUUUAAAUGUGUCAUCUUUUUCUAAAAGACAGACAAAUGGCCAGUAAGCACAUGAAAAGAUGCUCAGCAAUGUUAAUAUGAGGAAAGUGUGAAUGAGGUACCACUGUACUUACAUCCAGUAGUAUGGCUGUUAACAAAAGAACAGGAAGCAAUUGUUGAUGAGAAUGUGGAAAUGUGCUGCUGGUGGGAAUGCAAACUGGUUCUACUGCAGUGGAAAACAGUAUGGUGGUUCUUGAAAAUCUUGAAUAUAGAAUUAUCAUUUGACUCAGUAGUUACACUUCAGGGUAUAUACCCUAAAGAAUUAAAAGCAGAGAAACAACUAUUUGUACGCCAAUGUGCAUAGAAGAAUUGUUCACAAUAACCAGAAGCUAGAAGCAAACCAAAUACCCAUGGGAAGAUAAAUAAAUAAACAAAAUGUAUGGACAGUGGAAAAUUUGAACUUAAGAAGAAAGGACAUGGAUGCAUCUUGAAGACAUUAUGCUCCUUGCAAUAAGCUAGACAGCAAAGGAUUUAGUUUAGUUAUAUAGGAUAGCCAAAUUUAUAGAGAAAAACAGUCAUUACCAAGUGUGAGGGGAGUAGAGAAUGGGAAGGUAGUGUGUAAUGGUUACAGAGUUUGAGAUGAUGAAAAAGUCUUGGAGCAUGAAAAUAGUAAUUUUUUGUCCUGUAUAUUUUGCCAUAGUAAAAAUUUAAGAACUUUACGACCUGCUUCCCUUGACCUGUCUGUAUUAUACCAGUAGAAGCGCCUUUGAUCCCUCCUCUGUGGUCCUCCUGCCACAUUUCCACUUCCUCUGCUCGUAAUUCCCUAAGUCCUUUCCCCAAAUGUCUGAUCUGGAAAAUACCUGGCACUUCUUCUCUUAACCUUCCCAUUCCUCAAAACCAAGUUCCCAGGCCCUAUCUUGGGAAAUCUUUCCUAAUAUGUUUGUCUCAGUGUGGCCUUCAUUUUGAAAUAAUGCUAAGGGAGAUUAGGGGGGAAAAAUACAACAAAACUGGGCAAGAUGAUGAGUGGGGAAUGUUUAGGGCAAGUGGGCAGGAAGUCUUCUGUUCUGUUUCACAGUUGAGGGAACAGACAGCAGUUGGCAGCAGAGGUGGGCCUCGAAUGCAGGCACUAUGAUUCACAUACUUCAUCUCUCCCUGCUUGAGUCUGUCAGUCCGAGAAGGCUGAGGGGCUGUGCAGUUUACAGGGAGCACCAAGUUGUAUUGUCUUUACCGUUGUUGGAUUGUAUGAACUUCAGUCACUCAUACACAUCAACACUAAUAUGGCUGGCUAGGCUAUUUGAUCUUUUAAAUUCUUAAACUCAGUGGCCGCUGUGCUUUUAAUUUUUAUGUUGUUUGGCUUGUCUGUCUGCCUAGAUUUGAAGUUCCUGAUUUUUUAAUUUUUGCAUUUAUACCCCAAACAGCCCACCUAGGACUUUGAGCAUAUGGGUUCACAAAUGCUGCUGGCUGGAUAGAAGCAGGUUUGAAGGUCUUGGAACACAUGGCACCAGGGUCACGGUCAAAGGCAAAGUCUAGAUGUAUCACCUGCUUCCCCAGGCAGCCUUCUGGUCGCCUUCUCUCCCAGGGCUGUGUUUUGUGUUGCAGGCACACAUGGCUUUCAAAGAUGUGGCUGUGGAUUUCACCCAAGAGGAGUGGAGCCUGCUGAGUCCUGCUCAGAGGACUCUGUACAGAGAGGUGAUGCUGGAGAACUACAGCAACCUGGUCUCCCUGGGAAUUCCGUUUUCUAAACCAAAACUCAUCACUCAGCUGGAACAAGGGAAAGAGACCUGGAGAGAGGACAGAAGAUGUCCACUGGCCACCUGUCCAGCGGGAACAAAACCAGAGCUCCACCUUGGUCCUCUCUGCCCUCCAGAUUGCUCCACUCAGAAACUCCCCGUGCAGCACACACUGUGUAGUCCUCCCCCUUGGAUCUUCACAUGCUUGUGUGCAGAAAGCCACACUGAGCCAGGGGAACCGGACCCCGGGGAACAGGAGAAGCAGCAGCAGCAGGCUUCUGAUGGAGGCUCCUGGAGCGACAGAGCAGGUCGGGAGAGAGAUUGCCCCCGGCCUUUGUUGGGAAGGACACGGAAGAGGGCUCUGGGAGCACUCUCCAGGCCACUGCAAAGGCAGCCAGGCAGCUCCCCGAAUGGCAUCAGAACGGAGGAGACAGAGGCCAGCCCAGCUCAGACGGGAAACCCUGAGGACACAGCCAAAUUGUUGAAGAGGAUAGAAGUCUUAGGAUUUGGAACGGUCAACUGCGGGGAGUGCGGGCUGGGCUUCAGCAAGCUGGCAAACCUGCUUAGUCACCAGAGGAUACACUCAGGGGAGAAGCCGUACGUGUGCAGGGUGUGUGAGAAGGGCUUCAGUCUGAAAAAGAGCCUGGCCAGACACCAGAAGGCCCACUCAGGGGAGAAGCCCAUUGUGUGCAGGGAGUGCGGGCGCGGCUUUAACCGGAAGUCAACACUCAUCAUACAUGAGAGGACGCACUCUGGUGAGAAGCCUUAUAUGUGCACUGAGUGUGGGCGAGGCUUCAGUCAGAAGUCCAACCUCAUCAUCCACCAGAGGACACACUCAGGGGAGAAGCCGUACGUGUGCCGGGAGUGUGGCAAAGGCUUCAGCCAGAAGUCGGCUGUUGUCCGACACCAGAGGACGCACUUGGAGGAGAAGACCAUUGUGUGCAGUGACUGCGGCCUGGGCUUCAGUGACAGGUCAAACCUCAUCUCCCACCAGAGGACGCACUCGGGCGAGAAGCCCUACGCCUGCAAGGAGUGCGGCCGUUGCUUUAGGCAAAGGACAACCCUUGUCAACCACCAGAGGACACACUCAAAGGAGAAGCCCUAUGUGUGUGGAGUGUGCGGGCACAGCUUUAGCCAGAAUUCAACCCUCAUCUCACACAGGAGGACGCACACAGGGGAGAAGCCGUACGUGUGCGGGGUGUGUGGGCGAGGCUUCAGCCUGAAGUCACACCUCAACAGACACCAGAACACACACUCAGGGGAGAAGCCCAUCGUGUGUCAGGACUGUGGCCGAGGCUUCAGCCAGCAGUCCAACCUCAUCCGACACCAGAGGACACACUCAGGGGAGAGGCCCAUGGUGUGCCAGGAGUGUGGGCGAGGCUUCAGCCAGAAGUCCAACCUCCUCGCACACCAGAGGACACACUCAGGGGAGAAGCCGUACGUGUGCCGGGAGUGCGGGCGAGGCUUCAGUCACCAGGCGGGGCUCAUCAGGCACAAGAGGAAACACUCGAGGGAGAAGCCUUACACGUGCAGGCAGUGCGGACUCGGCUUUGGCAAUAAGUCAGCUUUAAUCACGCAUAAGCGAGCACACUCAGAAGAGAAGCCUUGUGGGGGCGGGGAGUGUGGCCAAAGCUUUACCCAGAAGUCACACCUCACCUCACAUCAGCUGACACACAAGGGGGAGAAGCCUCACGUGUGCAAGACGUGCGGGCAAGGCUUUAGCCAGAAGUCUGACCUCAGCAGACAGCGGAAGAUGAAGGCUGUCCACCACAAACCAGCAGACAGCGGAAGAUGAAGGCUGUCCGCCACAAACCAGCACUCCACCCUGACUCUGAGGCCUAUUCAGGGCAGCCUGCUGGUCCUCUGCACUCUCUUGGAAAGUGAAGAUGGUGGUGAGGACCAGCUGUCAACGUGUUCACACUUCCGUGAGACAUGAAAUGGAAUAGAAGAUUGCAUUCUGUAAGUGGUCAAAGGACAUCUGACCUAGUUCACUUUCCACACACUGUCUUCUCCAUGUUUUGUGGCCUUUUGUUAUAAUAAACUUUCCCCCUUUACAGAUCUGUAACCUUGGCUGUGUAUCUCUCUCACUUACCUGUAAAGAUACGGAAGAAGGAGUGAUACUGUCUAGUAUUCCACAAGAAUUCAUUUCCUUGGAAGAUGUAAGAAUCGAGUCUUCAUGUAUUUAUUGGAGAGUCCGGUCCUUUGUGUCGGGGAGAGAAUCCAGGAGCUGUAAUUCAGUGAUUUCUUUUGAGGGAAGGGAACCUCCCAGAAAAUAUGGCUUCCUCUAGUCUAGUGUCGUCUGCAACUCCACUCUUCCUUGGCUUCUGUGACAGCUCCCUUUCUUGCUUCUCCUUCUAGCUCUGUUGUUGGCCUUUGCUAAAUCAUCCCCUAACUACUUUUAUUGCUCUUCUUGGACUUGGGUGUCCGGGCCUCCUGCCUUGGGAUCCUUACUAAUACACUGUUCCCAGCACUCCAGUCCCAGAGCUUGGUCUGUCAGCUGUGACCAAGCAAUCUAUAGUCUCAGAGCCUUGGAGCUCAGUCAUACCUGUGUAAGACCACUGAGUACAUGAUGGCCCUCACCCACCCACAGCAGUACAACCUCACUCACACUGCA